AUGCUAGGAAUCUCCUUCCACUCUACAUCUAUUGCCGUCUAUACCAGCAAUGAACGUGGUAGUGGUACGUGGUUCAGUACUAUGAAUGAAAACCGGUA